AUGAUUGAACCAGGUGAUGAUUGCAUCAGUGAAAUUCUUUCCUUCCUUCCACUUGGUGAUUUACUUCUCCGAGCAGCGUUGGUUAACAAGAAUUGGUUCUCCAUCAUUGAGACACAACAAAUAAAUUGGCUACGACAUAUUAGAUGCUUUCUAGAACAGACAGCUAGUAGAUAUGAAGAUUUAGUAGCCUCCUCUCUUCAACACGAGUCUGAAUUAAUUCUUCCGAAUGAUGAUUUUCACAAUUAUCAGCAGAGUCCGAAGGGAAUGAGAGGAAUCUAUAAGAAGAGAGCAAAACAAUUGAGAAGGAAAUUGGAGGAUGAUGAAUUUUUGGAAAAUGUUGCCUCUUGUCAGGUUGUUCUGAUGAGAAUAAUGGCACAUGAGUGGUAUUAUUUGUUUCACCACUUUAGAAUUAGUUUUCAAGAAAUUAAGUGGUGCUUGAAUAGUCAAGAUGUUAAGGAAAUUUUGUUUUGUAGGAAUUUGAAUUACAUUCCUCGAAGUGAUAUGGAAGUUUGUACAAGGGACUUUUUGGUAAACUUUGCGAAAUUGUCUCAUAUUUAUUCGAAAGGAGUGGAGAGGGUACUGCAAAGUGAGAAUUUCAAUUAUGGAUCAAGUUUUCAUAAUGCUCUUUUGAAAACUGUCAAUUAUGACCUAGAGUGCAUUGAAAUUUCCAUACUAAAAAAUCCAACACUCGAACUCUUUGAAAAGAUUCCCAUUACCCAGAUACCAAAUCUUGAAGAUUGUAGUUGUUGCUUGUUUCGUGAAAUGAUGAAACGUAUCUCAUUACGUAUGCCAUAUCGUCACGACCUCUCAGAAUUAUUCAAUGCAAGGUUUGAUUUCUUUCAAAUUGCAAUUGAGGAAGUUUCAAAAAGAUCACCAAGAGGAGUAUAUGUACUUUUAGGUGAGAGACUUGGAAAAUGUGAAAGAAUAUUUGAUAUUGAAAAUCCUCAACUAGAAGCAUACAUUGUUAGAUAUUACAAGUUGGAACAUAUAUUUUCUCAAUAUCAAGAAUAUGAAUCAUUCCAAAAGGUGAAACCCUAUCUUAAUAUUUUCCUCCAAUCCAAACCAUACAAGACCUAUCAAACCGAGCUCAUCAGACAAAUAAUCAUCACCAAGAUAAGAGAAGGUGCUUAUGAGAAAUUAGUGGCAAUGCUCGAGCUAUUUCGCAAUUAUAGAGGUCUUCCUCCCAAAUUUAAGGCAGAGGAAAUUGGUAUUCAUGAUGAUGAACGUGUCUAUUACUCCAUGUUCAAUGCUCGUGAUGGUGGUUUGGAUUUAACCUUUUUGGAGUACCUCCUCGAGUGUUCCGAUUAUAGUGGUGAUGAAGUAUGGAACAAGUUGCAAGAAAGAGAACCAUCAUUGAUGAAAAGAUACUACGCACGAUUGUGUGAUAUUGAAGGUUUUAUUUAUCGACAAUGA